AUGGAUAUUUGUACCGCGAUUUUCUCUGUCUUUGCAGUUGUUCUUUUGUUAGCACUUGUAGUUAUUGUACGAAGUGUGUACGUUUUGAAGAGAAGAGGAAAUAAUGUGGCAUUGGACAAGAGAAAACCCGUGAAGGUGAUGGUUGUCGCAGGCUCAGGUUCGUCCUCCUCUUAUGUUAAAAAUUCUUCGAUUUGGAUAGCGAAACAGACACGUUUGUGGAGUAAUCAUCGAAAAUGCUUCUUGCCUUUGUUAUGACUGAAACAGUAAGCGAAGGCCAGUGAAGGCUUUCAAUAAUCAACAGCUCGUUGUUGUUUGCGGGGAGUGGGGAUAGGUAAAGGAAAGCAGUAGGGGGAAACUGAAUUCCCAUAUAAAAACUGCCCUCCAAAACGAAAAGAUAAAACAAUUAAGAAUAGAAAACUUAUACAUAUCUAUACAUCAUGUGAUACUAAGAGAAAAAAAAAACAAAAACAAACAAACAAACAAAAAAAAAAACAAAAAAACAAAAUUUAGUUGUUUUGUUUUUGUUUUUUUUUCCCUAUCCCCUUCCCCUUUUCUUUAAUAAACUAAACCAUUAGUAAUAAACUAAACCGUUAGUUUUGAUAUCGGCUCAGUUUUGACCCAAAAUGUGGACGUCAUCUCGGCAUAAACUGUAACCCCUUUACGGUACUCACCACAACAAAAUAGUAGGCCCAUAUAGCCAUCAUAUGAUGUGUCACAGUGAACAAAUCUCCAAUAUGCUUAUAUGAUAGGAUUAUAAUCAGAAAGUCUGAAAAAAGAUGAACAUGAAAUAAUCAGUUUUUUUAUUGAUGAGUAGACUAGCUUUUUUGACAUUAUAAAUUAAGAUGUGCUACUUGAUUAAGGGCUUUUAGUUGUUAUUUAUUUGGUCUUAAGAGGAGAGUCUGGGGAGAAACUGAGGCCCUUAUAAAUCUCUGGUAGUUACUUGUACCUGCUGCGAUGUAGCCCAUUGUGAUUGCAAUUCCUAUUCUCACAAAUACAGCAUUACUCCUAAAAUAUCAUAGAGAUAUUUAUUAGCAUCAAAUGCGUUACUAAAAUAACACCUGUGAUGCAAAAGCAAAUAAAAAAAAAGGAAUGACAUUUUUUCUUAAAAAACUCACGCAAUAGGAUUUGAAGUUGUUUCUGCAUCAAAGAAAAAACAAUAUAAACUGAUGAUGCUGACAAUUAUGGCAUGCAGGUUUGAACCAAUCCUGUAAGACAUGAGAAUUAUUAUUGUAAUCAGUUUUUAGGUUAAAGGAAAUUGGAUCAGAAAGAAAAAUUAUUCUUUGGAUGGACGAGUGCGAUCCAGACCUUAAUCUAGAUCUUGUUGAAUUAGGAAGCAGGAGCCAGGGAGGGGUGGGGGGUUGUUCUUCAAAUUGUUUUCCUGACCCGGUAGGCAUUGUUUUGCAAUUGGUCAAAAAUAGGGUGGUUGCUAGGACCCCUCCCUAAGAUCUAAUCCACCCCAAGGAUGGUGGGAAACAGGUGAUGGGAGGGGAGGUAGUAACUUGGUCAGAUGUCUCUGCUCCUUGACAUCACUUGCUAUUGAAGGGAUCGGAAAUUUCCAGAGAAUAGGCGAGAAAAUGGAACUUGUUGUUAUGCAGGACAGGGGUUAACACGUCUAUCCUUCAAGAGACCCAGGGUAAGUCUUUAGGGUUUGGAGGAAAAAAGCCAGAAGACUUUUGUCAUGCCUCUUCUCCUGACCCAACUGACUGCCCCUAGGUCUCUGAGGAUGGGGUAAACAAGGGACAUAUUUCCAUAUGAUUUUCACAGUUAACAAGCGAGUACGCAAAGAAACUAUAUGCUGUGUCCUUUGUCUAGAAACUUCACUUUUCCUGAUCCUCUGUCAAUCAGGACCAAAGUUUCCAGAAGGGUAGGAAGAACAUGAAUCAUUGUUCUGAAGGGAGGGGAGGGGUCUUCAAGGGACCCCUCUCUGUGGAUUUUUUCUGGAGAUGCAAACGUAAUUGUGCUGAUUAAUUACCUUGUGUUCCAAUCAAUCCUCUUGGCUACAGAAAGCUUUAUGUAGCCUGGGAUAACUAGUGAUGAGAAUCUUGGACUUAUAAAGUAGAACAGAAAUAGGCAAGAUGAAAAGCUAGCCACAGCUGUGGCUACAUAGAGGUUCCAGUCUUUUUGUUUCGGGAAUAGCUCACCAAGAUCUGGAAGGAGAACGAAUCACCUUUAGUUUUCUAUACAACUCAGGUAUUAUUAGAAGAGUGUACUAAAUUAGGUAUUUUGAAGAAAACAAAUACAAACAUAUUGCCAAAAGGUUAGGCCGAAGAGCCAGAAAUUCAUAACCACAUUCCUCCCCACAACCCUGCCCCCUCACCACCCAUACCCCCUCCCUGCCAAGUUUUUUUGGCCAGUUUAAUUGUACCAAUUUAGGUUUUAACUCAUGCAGUCCGAUAUAAAUACAUCGCUUUCCGAGUUUAUAAAUAUUCUCAACCAAGAAAAAGGCCAACACACAUUAGAUAAUCUAAUAUAUCAAGAAGCCUGCCCAUGACGAAACUUAAUACACGCGCGUGUGACGCACAACAGCAAUUUUAUUACUUAAACCACUUACCAGAUUUACUCAUCGUUGUCAAAUUCCACUUAAUCACCUAAGUACCGUCAAGGAAGUUGGAAUGUAAGUUCUUUCAAGUCAAAACAAAGGCAACUCCAAGAAUAAUACGAUCGCUGUCACGUGUCACGCCAGGUAAUAAUUGAGCCGCCACGUCCAUGAUCCAGUUGUAAAGUCAUAAAAUUUGUGCUUGCGCUUAUGUUAAAAAAAGAUUGCGCUGAUCACGCUAGCAAGGCUGUGUUUCUACUUUUGUGAACAUCAUGGAUAUUUGUACCGCGAUUUUCUCUGUCUUUGCAGUUGUUCUUUUGUUAGCACUUGUAGUUAUUGUACGAAGUGUGUUCGUUUUGAGGAGAAGAGGAAAUAAUGUGGCAUUGGACAAGAGAAAACCCGUAAAGGUGAUGGUUGUCGCAGGCUCAGGUUCGUCUUGUCGAUCUAUUAACAGACACGUUUGUGGAGUAAUCAUCGAAAAUCCCUGUUGUCUUUGUCGUGACUGAAACAGUAAGCAAAGGCCAGUGAAGGCUUGCAAUAAUCAACAGCUCGAUGUUGUUUGCGGGAGUGGGGGUGGAGGGGGGAGGGGUUGGCUGUAAGGUGGGAGAGUGGUAGUGGUAAUGAAGUUGUGUAACUUACUUGUUCUCAGACCACAAUACACUGAAUUUCAUAUUCCCUGCCUGUCCUGUCUCUAAAAUGACAAUUUCUUUUUUCUUAUUGUUUUAGAGAUAGGCUCUCUGUCAUUUUUAUUAUUGGCUAGCAAGUGUUAGGUCUGAACAUCUAAAGAGCACCAUUUUCAGAUUAUAACAGGCUAAGAACAUACCACAGGGCUGCUAAAAGGAUGUUCCCCUGCCUCUCUCUAUCACUUCCCCCUCCUCCUCCACUUGGAGAAAUCAUGACCCCCCCACCCCCUUCCCCACACACACACACACACACACACACACACAGUUCCUCAUCUGAAUGAUCAGAGUUAGAAAUAUUAUUGUAGGCUUUAUUGGAUUCAGUGAAACACCUACUAUAUUUGUGAGAAUUAAACAAUACUGAUGUGAUGUGUUUUUAAUAUAUUUUGUUUUCUUAAAGGAGGACACACAACUGAAAUGAUGAGACUUCUAGGGUCACUUUCUUCUUAUUACCAGCCCCGCAUUUAUAUCAUCGCUGAAACUGAUAAAAUGAGUGUUGAAAAAAUUACUACUUUUGAAAAGGAGAAAACAAACAGAGGAGGUUCUGAGGUAGGUAUUGAUAAAUCAGUGUAAGAAAGUAAGGUAUUGAUUUUAUUUAUUUCAAUUUUAUUAGCAUUUCCUUAUGUGACUUGGAAAACACAACUUGUGUUGAUUACUUUACCCCUGAAACAAUCCCUUUCUUCUGAAGUGCCCUAUGUUUGAGGAGAUAAAUUACAACCGACCCAGGUCUGUAUCCCGAUUUGUUGGAUGAAUGAAGGUGUGACUGAAUUACUAUCCCUUUUUACAACUGGUUACUAACCUUCUAAGGAGUAGUAUUUGGUUGUACACGACAACCAUACCGUAACUAACUUUAUCAAUGAUGGAUUAAAACUAGGUUGGCUAGAAGGGUCCCUACCCUACCCUUAUCACUAGGUCUAGAUGUUUUACUGUUUAUAAAUACUUAACUCACAUCUUACUUGAGAUACCCAUUAGGACUUAAACGGUUGCAACUGAACUGAAAAAUGAGAAAUACUGCUUUUUGAUGCCAAGAGUUUUUUCAGUUGCAUUGCAAUACUAAGUGAUACUAAGUUGUCGAAAUGAUAAAAAAUAAUAUAAAAAAUUUAUGCAAUGUACAUGUUAUGAUAGUCAAAAUUUUGAAAAUUAAUCGGUGCCCAUUCUUUUUCAGUUUAAGGUUCUUAGAAUUCCUCGCAGCAGAGAAGUGCGUCAAUCAUGGCUUUCAACAAUCUUUACAACAUUGAAUGCAAUUAUCUUUUCUUUUCCUGUUGUAUUUCGGGAGAAACCAGAUUUGGUAAGAACUGUUCCUACAAUUGAAAGAAGAUCAUUCUUGGAGUAUAAAAAGCCACAUAACCAUGCUUUAACUCUGCUUUUUAAAUUUCUCUCUAGCUUCUUUGUAAUGGUCCUGGCACAUGCAUUCCAAUAUUUUUAGCAGCUUUUGCCCUGAAGGUAAGAUACGUUGGUUAUUAUUAUCAGUGUUAUUUGUAUAUAUAUCAUAAAUAAAACCACAUCAUCAUUGAUAAAGUUUACACUAGUGGUAGGUUGGUUGGUUUUAUCGUUUUCAUUUUUCCGUUUUACUGUAAAUGGUAUUCUUAAGCCACUCCUUAUGGAAGCUAGUUUAUGCUUAUGCACUUUUUUCAACAAUUUUAUUGAACUUGAUGAUUAGUGUGUAUUGUGUCUUUGGUUAGCUUUGGUUUAUUUUUCCUUGUGCUACAGAAACAUCUGAAGUGGUGGCUUAACUCUUGAAGCCCUAUUAUAUACAUACAAAUUCUCCAGACUAAUCUCUAUACAGUUCCUCCAAGAAUAACUUGAAAGAAUUUGAACAAAGAUCAAACAUUUUCCCUUUGGUGAUCAUUAUUAUAACCUGUUUUCUUCAAUUACAUUGGUAUUUUAAAUGAAUAUGAUGAUUGUCUCAGUGGUAAUUGCAAUUUAAGCAACUGCAAAUAAACCCUAAAAAAAAUUGGGUCUUCAAACCUUCAACCAUGGGUUUGAAUCCUGUUAAAGUCCUGAAAAUUUUUCAGGUUUAUUUGCAAAUAAUUGCUUCAAUUGCCAUUACCACUGUGAUGAUCACAUCUUCAUUUAAAAUAUCAAUGUAAUUGAAGUAAAUAGGUUACAAUAAAAUAUAUAAGAAAAUAAAAAUUACCACUGCAACGAUCAUAUAUUCAUUUAAAAUUUGUAUUUCUGCAGUUCACAUUAUCUUCAUUUUACAUUGAUGUUGGUAGGAGGAAUAUUGAUGUUGGCCUUUUUUGGAACUUAAAGGCUUAAAUUCUGAAUCCUUAAUAGGUGUACCCCUUUUGGACAUAACCUUCCCAAAUUAGGCGAUAAUAAGAAGUUCCCCCCCCCACAUCAUGGGAGGGGGGGCAGGGUAAAGAGUAAGACACCUUGUAGAACAACAUGUGUUAACUAAUAUUAUCAUAUAAUUUCUCUUUUUCAGGUCACUGGUGUAAGAGAUGUAAUCAUAGUAUUUGUGGAAAGUAUUUGCCGAGUAAAGACAUUAUCAUUAUCAGGGAAAAUUAUGUAUCACUUUGCUGAUCACUUUCUAGUUCAAUGGAAACAACUUCAAGUGAAAUUCCCAAAGGCGAUAUACCUUGGAAGACUUGUGUGAUAAGAUAUUUGACUAUUUAAGGAUUUUUUAAUAAAACACUCAUUCCUGUGCAAUGGAGUAGUCAUUAGUUUAACUCUCCCCCCCCUUCCCCGCCACUGCAUUUUUCUGCCACCCCUUGCUUCCAUCAAAAACUUGAGAAGCGGCAUCUGCAUUCAACCACUGAUGACCAUGCAUGCGUCCCAGAAUUAUUUUGCAUCCUUGUCAACUUUCUCUAUUGUAAAAUGGAUAAUUUUCUAAACAAACAUAUGGGCUUUUUACCCUGAAUCUCUUUGGCAGGCAUCUCUGUAAGAUGGACUUAAAGUGCUAAAAACGUUGGUGCUUGUCAUCAAAGGGAUCUGCUUGUGCUUUAGUGCAAGGCACUUACUUUGCCUAGAUUUUAACCCAAUUUUUAAAAACAAUAAUAUGCAUUUAAUAGAAAAAUAAUUGCCAAUUAACUAGAUUGAUUGUUUCUAGAGUAAUGCUCUAUGAAGAAAAUAGUGUUUCAAAGCUUCCAGGGGGAUGUCCCAAGAUCCCCCUCCCUCGCAGCUUGUCCCAGAGGCAGAUUUUACCUUGCAUAUGAUAAAAAUAUGGCCAUGGUUCUGGCUGACUAUGUACUGCAAGAAACCAUCAACUUAUUAAUGCCAAGGAGUAAAUUGAUAGACAAAAUAAUAGAAGACAGUAAAUGCUUUGAUUGAGCAAACAGGAUUAUUUGUUUUGCUUUUAUUUGGCACACUUUAACCCUUCUAAUUAACCAUUCCACUGCCAGAGUGCUUAAUGGAGCUUUGUAAGGCGACUCUAACUUUUGAGUCUGUGGACGAAAUCCUAUGAUGUGACCAUUCAAAUGAAAGCUCUCUGCCUGUACUUACACAUAGUUCUAUUUGUUUUUCAAAAUUUCACAGAAUGAAAUUUGAAAAUUUGGUCGAAAUUUGCUUUUGGCUAAAUUUGGCAGUGAAAGGGUUAAGAUAAGAUUGCUCCCACAUAGUCAGUGGAGAGAACUGUGCCUCCCAUUUAUCAAUAUUCUUUUGAGGAAACCUCACUGGGUCCAAAUAAUGUUAUUGUGAUCUCUGGAUAUUAAUUCCUACUGUUUUUUAUUAGACAAGUAUAGAAAUGACCAUUAGUACACAGGCUACUCAAGGACAAUUUCAUGGGAAGUCUGUGACACUGAUAGUCAUGUCAACUCUUCAUGUUUUAUAAUAAUUUUUUUUUCUUUUGUUAUUUUAGAAACUGGUAAACAUUUACACUUAGUAAUAAAAAUUAAAUGCUUGAAACAAAUUAAAGAAAAAAAAGGUUGUUAUCUUUUUAGGAAAGAUGCGACUUUCUGUUCCUUACGUAUAGAGUUUACUAAAAGUUCUGCAAGUGUUUCGGACUAGUUCUAGUUUGGUCCAGAAAAUAGCCAUACACAUCAGAAUUGAGAUACAAACCUUUGCAAACCUUUCCUAUCCACUGCCCCCCUCCCCCCACCCACCCGCCAACUUGAAAUAAACUUUAAAUUAAUGACAACUGGAGGAGACAAUUGACAUGAUUAAAAAAGCAAGCAGAAUUUGGGUGUUUAGCUCUCCCUAAAAGAAUCGAAGGCAUGUGACCUUCCUGUACUGCCCGCAGGGUCCUCCAUCCUAACAACCCAACUUGUCCCCCACCCACUAAGUAGAUUUGAUACUCUCUCCACAUUGAACUUUCAUUUGAAACCAAUAUGGGUGCUCGUGAAUUGCUCGAUGUCGACGAGUGUAUAGAAAACAGAGGACUAUAAAACAGUCUAUGUAAAGCUAGAUUUUCUCGAGAGAUACCGGUACGUAAUAAGGAACUUUUUGUUUUUGUUGGAGCUCGUGACAAUUAACCGGAAGUCUUUUGUUCUUUGUGAAAAUAUUCGAGGAGGAUGCCACUACCAAAUAUGGAUUGUAAAUCGAUGACGUCGUCUCUAUCUCACGAAAGCCUUCCGCUCUCUCGAAGAUCAAAAGUGCUGUUUCAUCAGCAAUUUUCUUAUUUUCGUUUAGUUAGGGAAAGAAAUACGGCGUUUGUAGGUGAGUAGUUUUUUAAGGUUGUUAAUAUGUAAAUUUAUCCGUGUGGGUCGAGCAUAUGUUUACAUCUUAUCCGGAUCUCGUCAGCUGGUUCGCUGUAAAAGUAGCUGACUCGAUCGUACAAUCAAGGCACUGGAAGUUAUACAAGGUCGUGUUUUGAUUUGAAAGUCAUCUCGGCAAACAAUGUCUAAGCGUUUCAAUUUUUUAUUAGAUCCAAGUAAAGGGACAAUAUUUAAGAUACCUCCUAGUUUUAAGGAAAUUUGCCGUUAAAAUUCCUAAAUCUUAUGCCUCAAGAUCCAUGCAAGUUCAAGCUUGUAAUAUUUACUGUCUGUCUCGCACAUGUGAGAACGGACGUUGUUAUAAGCCUGAUAAAUGAUCAAAGGUAUUGAAUAGUGGGUGAGAAAAUGUAUUUUUCGUUUGAAAUCAAUGCCGAAAUUUUGGAUCUAUAAAAAACGAGAACUUAAGGUUUUGUUGUACCCGCUGUUGGUGGUCGAGUAACUCAAUAAGCAAAUGUAAAUUUCUUGACACCAUUCUAUUCCAAUACAUUUUUAAAGCCUCUGCCUCGGUUUAAUAAUUUAACGGGAAAAUUUAUUUAAUCAGGAGUGUCUUAUAACAAAUCCCAUUUUCUAUGUAGCGUUGAGUCGGCUGUCUUUAACUGAAAAGUGAUUUUCUUUAAUCGAUCUUCAACAAGUUGUUCCUUAAAAAUAUUCCUCAAUGGAAUCCACAUGAUCAACUUUUUGGUGAAUAAUUUAUGAGCCUAAUAAACCUAAUAUUUCCUGUCAGUAGAGGAUUCUAACCGAAACUGGUAAGUCUUUUGUCAAAAAGUAGCGAAAUUGAAUGAUAUGUAGAAAAUAAUUGUCUUAACUUGUUGUUAACAAGAAAGUACGAACUCUCCCGCCCACAAGUGUCAAUAUGCGAUUUUGCGGUUAAACGAAUGAUGAUAAAAUUUUAUUAUCAUUAUAAGAUAUACUUUUGUUUUCGUAACAUUCACUUAAAAAAUAUGUGAAUGCUUAAAACUGUCACAUUUGAAGCUGAAAGGUGUGAAUUAGUACUUAAAGAUACUUUUAUUACAGGCUUAAACUGGAUCAAAGUAAAGUGAAGUGCAAAUUAUCUUCAAUUAUCUUCAGUGGUUUAUUCUGAUUAUUAUUUUUUUUACUAUUACAUUAUUAAUGCAUUUUGGAUUUCAAAAGAAAAAGUAAUUAGAUUUUUCAGGUAGAACUCAAAAACAAGGAGAAUGCACCGAAUGAAAGGUUAGGAAUUUGUUAAGGAGCUUUUCCUGUAUAUUGCUCUCAGUACAAAACGAUAUAUCUUUCAAGUAUCUAUUUUAUUCCAACCAACAAGGAAUGUUGUGAUAUUGCUUGGAGUGUCUGUUUUAAACAAUGCCUUCUACAAAUGAAAUGUAUUUUGUUCUGUGAAAGUCCCAUUACUUGUAUUAGCAGUGAUAGUGCAGGAAGUGAGUUCAUUGGCGAAGAGUUUUAAGAUUUUUUUCCGUGUUGUGUACGUUUGCUCUUACUUUUUGAGAUUAUAUUGGCUGGCUCAGCGAACAUGUCGUAAAUUAGAAAUUUUGUGGAUUUUGAUUGUUUUUAGCACCCUCAAAAGUACUUCAUAGUUGAAAACGAUGAUUCAUUUGUAUGCUUGUUGUAAACAACAUCUUUUGCAACAAAUAUUAUUUUGAUCCGGUUGUCCUCCUUGUCCUUUACAAGUUUGAUCUGCAGAGCUGUGUAGAUGAAAGAUAAUAUUUAAAAUAGCUCUUAGAUUUAUGGAAGUGGCAACAAAAUUAAAACAAGAAAAAAUAAAGCAAGCAUUCAAAAAAUCCUCUUGGACUUCACUACAUAUAGACUGACUGAAGAAUAAAACUCCACUAGAAUGUAACUGGAUAUCACCAAUGUGGACAAGAAGACAAAUCGGUGCUUGCCAAUCAACAUUGUUGUGCCUGGAGAUGAUAACCUCGCCAAGAAAGAAUUUGGAAAGAUAAACAACUAUGCUAACGUCAUAUUGGAAGCAGAAAGGAUAUAAAAAACACAACUGUGGUGAUCCCUGUAGUGAUUUAUUACACAUGUAGAGAACUGGAUGAUUAAUUGACAUUACUCCCAAAUCUCCCUACUUUCUUGAUGAAUGAGGAUCCAAGACAGUAUAAAACUGGGUUAUUUUAGGAAUCAGUCAGCAGGGUUUUUGUCCAAUACUGCAACAC